AUGCAGCAACAUGUGAAGACCCUACAAAGCUUAAACAACUCAGUGGCCGAGUUCUUGCAAAGGUGUUCCGCAGUCGAAACAUUUCAGGACUUUCAUUCGACCAUGGACCGCUUGUCAGAGGCAGUGUGUGAGAUGAGGGAUUUUCGAAGCGAGUUCACCUCCACCAUCGAUACCAUUGCCAAAGGAGUUGCAGAUCGCGUUCUGGCUAGCUUAAGCAAGGAUGCGGAAGAACGGUCUGCCUGGCUCCACUGUCAACUUGAGAAGCAUGGAGAGGUGCAAGAAAGCCUUGCGGCCACUCAACGCAAGAUUUGGCAUCGUUUGGAAAGCAUGGGCCGAUCCAUGGAGCAGCAGUUGAAGGAGACCCAACGUCGAUCGGAUCAAGUGGAGAAAUUGGAGGAGGUUCAGAAGGAGGAGCUGGAGCUUGCAGCUUCCUCCAACCCCUGGGAGACACGCGCUCGCCAGGUGCAGCAGGACUGCCGGACGCUUUUGGAACUCCAACACAGCGUCUUCAAGACCUUUGAGAACUCCUCUGAGCAGCAAGGUGCAUUGCAGGACAAUAUCUUCAGCACUAUCUCGCAAGAGAUGCAGAGCAUGAAUGGCUACAUCUUUCAAUCCCUCGGAUGGAGUCCUGAGACCCCGGCGGUGACCGAGAGCUUACACUCGCUGGAAGCUCGACUGAUGGAAUGGCACUCGCAGACUCUGCACGAGGCAGAGAGCCUUCGCCAGGAGCUCGCGCGGAGCGAGCUGACCCUGCGCGAGAACGAGCGCGCCAUCGCGGAAGCCCAUCUGCUCAGAGAGGAAUGCCUCUCACAGCAGGCUGCUUUGAAAGAAGAUGUGCAACACUUAGAAACUUCGUUGGAGCAGGUGAGCUCUGAGCUCAAGGACGCUCAGAUGGUCUCCAUGCUCAACAGCAUGAAGCGCUUGCGCGACAUUGAACUCCGCGGCAACGUGAAGGUGGACCGUCAAAGUGGAAGAAUCACAGCCGUAAAGGCCUUGGACUUCCUACCGGCUGCGCCGCCCAAAGAGAAAGGCCCCUUCCCCGUGACCUUUGCAAGUGAGACAGAGGCAGAGAAAGUUCUUGCAGAUCUCUUGGAAGUUGUCAUGAUGUUCGAUGCACCCCUGCAAAUCACUGUGGGUUGCAAGCAGGGACGGGGUGAUGCCGGCAUGUGGCAAGAGAUGGUAACGAAGCGCGCCAGCCUUGUGAAGGAACAUUUGGUGAGGUGUGGUCGAAGCGAGGAGGACAUUAGCAUCACCGGAUCCAUGGUCGCGCCAGAGUUCUAUGCUCAGCUGCAAGACACCAAGAUCUUCCCCCCAGCGCCACCACCUCCACUGCCCAACAAGGGCCGAUCGAAAUCACCGAACAGGAGGAGGUGA